UAUUAUAUUAGUGAAAUGAACGUAGACCCAAAUUCCAUGUAUUUGCCUCUCGUGCGCUUACUUUUCACGAUAUCCCCCAAAUGGAAAGCUUGCUCGCACGCUACAGAAUAUGCUUGCUAGUCAACUCAUCCAGGCAGCUCAAAUGAUCUGCUCUUGCGGCACAAAAGGCGAUUGAGAUCAUUAGAACGGCAUUCAGUUGCAAACUAUAUGCAGCAGAUUAAGACAAUUUCAAUUUAUAGUCGUCAAUAGAUGUUGCCUAUGUGUAUGUUGUGUACCUUAAUUCUAAGAAGAUUUCCAAAAACCACCAAACGUUGUUGGAGAUAAAGAAGAGAUCAAUGGACACACAAGAGAAACGAAAAAUCCAGUCUACGAGAGAAACUUUUAAAGAAAGUGUAAGACUCAAACACGUGGAUCAUUAUUUUUUUUAAAACUAAUUUCAGCACAUUUUGCUUACAGUUACCGGUAUCCUGUUCUGUUCCCUCAUUAUACGUGCUUUUUGAUUGUGCAUGUUUAUGGCACUGGGGUCAUUGACAUGAUCAGGGAGUUUUAGCACAGGCGGGCCAUCCGAACUGUUCGAGGCAUCAUGUGGCCUCAUACUGAGCAUUAACUGUAUUUCGUAACGCCUGCUCUCGGCUUGAUCCAAGUGAUCGAGAGAAACGCUUCAUAAAAUUUUGCACCUUUUUAUCCCAAAUGUUGAUAUCAUGUAAGAAUUAAGAAAAUAAAGACAACUUACCGUAUGUUUUAAGUCGUGUUCUGCGUUUUUGUAGGGUUUUCAGUCGCUUGAAGCUGGCAUCCCCGACUCAUACAUACUAGUAAAAUCCAACAAGUGGUCUAUUAUCAAUGCAGCGUUCUGAUUGGUUAAGCAACUACCAGGCUAUAUGUUAUAGCCCACUAGUAGCGGACAGCGCCGGCUUUGAAAACCAAAACAAUGGCCGCUGAAUCGCGUUUUGCUAGCUAAAGUUGUUUUGUCUCGAUAUUUUUGACUAACUUGUUGGAUUUUACCAAAACAAUUAUUCGGCCUCAUGGGCUAUUGACUCAGAGGCCAUGAGGGCUCGAGGAAUAAUUGUAAAUACACUACUAACGCAGAACACGACUUAAAACAGACCGUAAGUUAGCUUUGUUCAUCUUUCUUACAUUUUAUCGACAUUUGGGAUCAAAAGGUGGAAACGUCUGUGUUUUAUGAAGCAUUUCUCCCGAUUACUUGAAUCAAGCCAAGAGGGGCCGUUACGAAUAGAGUAAAUGUAUAAUAUCUCAUGUCGCGCGUGACGUCACGAUGACUCGAACAGUUCGGAUUUUCCGCCUGUGGUUUUAGCAGGGUGUCAAUAAAACGCGGGGUCGGGGUCUAUCUCUUUUAAAGAACGCUGUUUAAGGUUUAGGGUUAAGUUUAGGGUUAUUAGGGAGCUUAAGCAACAACGUUUUUGAGCGACGCACGUCAACCGGAAGUGGCCUUUUUUCAUUUUUUGACGGUUGUUUCCCGCAAAUUUUCAGUCAAAUCGCCUCUAUAAAAGUAAAGAAGCUAAGGAAUACAAAUUUUAUAUCAUCAAGGCAUGUUAAGAGGGAAAAUACCUCACUUCCGGUUGACGUGCGUCGCUCAAAAACGUCGCUGCUUAAGCUCCCCAAUAUGCCAGUAAAACGUGGGGUCGGGGUCGGGGCCGGAGCCGGGGUUAGGGUUAGGGUUGACAUUGGGGAGCUUAAGCAGCGACGUUUUUGAGCGACGCACGUCAACAGGAAGUGAGGUAUUUUCCCUCUUAACAUGCCUUGAUGAUAUAAAAUUUGUAUUCCUUAGCUUCUUUACUUUUAUAGAGGCGAUUUGACUGAAAAUUUGCGGGAAACAACCGUCAAAAAAUGAAAAAAGGCCACUUCCGGUUCACGUGCGUUGCUCAAAAACGUUGUUGCUUAAGCUCACUAAUAAAGCGCUUACAGCACGCAACAAACAGUGAAAAAGUGCAAGUGCCGAUUUGAAGUCGCUACAAAACGUAAAUGCCUUGAAGAACGAUUUUUUUUUGCAAGCACGUGGUUUCUAUACAGAUUAUUCAUUGCCAUACGAGUAAGCUCAUGUCCUCUUAGAGGACUAUUUUAACUAUGAAAGCGAAAAAUGAGAACUAAAAUAACUGGUACCCAUACUCGUUCUCGUCGUCGAUGCUAAAAAUGACCAUUUUAUCAAUUUUGAUAGGAAUGUGUCGAUCCUCAACCUAACAGGAAAGUCCCAAUGAUUCAUUUCUAUGAACGCUGCCUCAAGAAUGCCAAAGAAACUGGGGACCGUUCUAAAGAAGCAAAUGUUUAUGGCUCUCUUGGCCACGCUUAUUACAAACUGGGAGAUUUUAAAACUGCCAUCAGCUACUAUGAGCGAUUCCUUAAGCUAACUGGGGAUGUGUUCGACAUGUCGACAGUGUGUAACGUUUAUAGUAGUCUUGGUAAUGCGUACUUCAGUCUUGGACAUUCAAAAGAAGCAAUCGAGUGGUACGAACGAUGCCUAACAGUUAUUGCAAAAGCAAAAAGCGAGUGUAGAGAGAUUAAGGGAAGCGUGUAUGGCAAUCUUGGCAUUUCUUAUCAUGAGCUUGGCUUUUUCAAAAAGGCUAUAUUUUGCUCUGAGCGCUCUCUAGAAAUAGUCAGAGAAGUGGGAGACAUUUCGGCACAGGCAAGGCUGUUGGGUAGUAUUGGCUGCUCAUAUCGCUGUCUGGGAGAUGUCCAAAAAGCUAUUGGUUACCAUGAAAGUUGUCUUAAACUUGCAACCGAAGUGAAAGACAAAAUUCGAGAAGCAAACGCGUAUGGUGACCUUGGCAAUGCUUAUUACUGUCUCGGAAAUUUCAAAAAGGCGGUGUUCUACCACGAGGGCCUCCUUAGAAUCUCUAAGGAAAGAGGAGACAGACAUGGAGAAGGUCGUGCGUAUAGUAGUCUUGGCAACGAUUAUUCCAGACUUGGAAAUUUUCAGAAAGCCUUAGACUACCAUGAAAGGCAUCUAAAUCUUGCAUUAUUACAUACAGACAGGCCGGAUGAAGGAGUCGCUUAUAGCAAUAUUGGAGGCACUUAUCACUGUCUGGGAGAGUUCAAAAAGGCCAUAGACUACCAAAACCGCGCUCUGGAAAUUGCCAAAGAAUUGGAUAACAAGCUGAGAGAAGGUAAGGCGUAUAGCAAUCUUGGCAGCGCUUUUUUUAGACUUGGAGAUUAUAAAAAAGCUAUAGACUGUCACCAGCAGCGUCUAAAAAUUGCCAAGGAACUGGGUGACAUGUCUGGAGAAGGAAUUGCGUAUGGUAGUAUUGGCAACGCUUACUUACAACUUGGCAAUUACCUCAGUGCCAGAACCUAUUAUAACCUCCGUUUGAAAAUUGCUCAGGCCGUAACAGAUAGAGCUGGAGAAGGGCGCGCUUAUGGUCAUCUUGGGCAUGUUUGUUGUGAACUCAAAGAUUACACCAAAGCGAUAGAUUACUAUGAACUUCAUCUUAAAAUCGCCCAAGAAGUUAAAGAAAGGGCUGUAGAAGGAAAAGCAUAUGGUAAUCUUGCUAAGGCUUAUCUUUGUUCUGGAAAUAAACUUGAAGGCAAGCAUUAUGCGGAGCUGCAUCUUAAAAUCGCCAAAGAAGUGGAAGAUAAGGUUGAGAUAGGAAACGCGUAUGCCAACCUCGGUUCCAUUUUUGAAUCGACAGAUUCCCUUCCCGAGGCUCUCGAAUAUUUUCAGGCCAGCUUAAAGGCGUUUUAUGAUGUUAGGGAUCGUCUUGAAUCAGAAGAUGAAUGGAAAAUCAGCCUACGAGAACUGUACCAACACAUAUUCACUUCUUUGAGUAGGAUUUUGUUGAAACUGGACAGGCCUGUAGAGGCUCUUUGUGCUGCUGAGGAGGGACGAGCGCAAGCUUUAAAAGAUCUUUUGAAAUCCCAUUAUGGAAUUCUAACAACUGACGCGAAUCAAAGUGCGGAGAAAGAGACACCUGAUGACACACUUUGUGGCAUUCCCUGCAACACAAUUUUUGUUGCUUUCCAAGUAGGCGUUAUAAAUACAUGGGUUAUUCAAAAUGACAAUAAUGUGUACAAAAGAGCAAAAGAAGCCGGAGAUUUUAACGCACACGGCGACGUUCUCAAUUCCGUCAAGAGAUUCGUUGACAGUACGUUUGAUGCCAUUGGUGUAAGAGGUACUAUAAAAUGCGAAGAUCGCUCGCUGGAAAACCUGCACAGUCGCAGUAAGGCUCUGGACCAAGAGCCCCCGUGUGAUAAAACAUCGUUGCAGUCACAGGAACAUCAGUUAAGGAGAUUAUAUGAUAUCAUAAUCGACCCGAUAGCAGACCUGAUUCAUGGUGAUGAGAUAAUCAUUGUCCCUGAGGGUCCAUUGUGGUUGGCUCCUUUUGCUGCAUUCAUGGACUCAAAUUCUAGUUUUCUGUUUGAAUCGUUUAGAAUAAGGGUUGCCCCGUCGUUGACUGUCUUGAAAAUGAUCAGCGAUCGUCCAACAGAUCAUGUCAAGCCUACUGCGUUGCUUGUGGGAGAUCCUUGGGUGCAGGACGUUGUUCCUGCGAAUGGGAUAAAGCUGGAGGAGUUGCCAAGCGCCAAAGAAGAGGUAGAUAUGAUUGGCAAAAUUCUCGAUGUUAUACCCCUAACUGGAAAAGACGCUUCGAAGAAUGAAGUGUUGAAACGCCUUUCAACGGUUCAGCUAGUACACAUCGCGGCGCAUGGUCGAAUGCAAGCUGGAGAGAUUGCCCUGUCUCCGAACCCUUCACGAGAAUCCAGGAUCCCUAAAGAUGAAGAUUAUUUGUUAACGAUGAAAGAUGUGCUAGACGCCAAGCUGCAAGCGAAGCUGGUUGUGCUUAGUUGCUGUCAUAGCGGUCGUGGGGAGAUCAAGGCUGAAGGUGUGGUUGGUAUCGCGCGUGCAUUUAUAGGCGCCGGUGCUCGUUCUGUUCUUGUCACACUGUGGGCCAUUGACGACGAAGCUACGCUGGAGUUCAUGAAACACUUUUAUCAACAUCUGGUGAAGGGUAAAAGUGCCAGUGAAUCUCUGAACCGAGCCAUGAGAUGCAUGAGGGAAUCUGAAGACUUCAGUGAAAUAAAAUACUGGGCUCCAUUUGUACUCAUUGGAGAUGAUGUAACUCUGCAAUUCUGUGGAAGUAGCUAGAUGUCCUAUGUAGUAAGCACCAGGUAGGUGAAAUACGAAAACAGUCUCAGUGCUUUUAAAAUGAAAAGCACUUAUUAACGUCAGUCUGUAAGGGUAAAAAAAAAAUAAAGAAGAGGAACAGAGAAAGAAAGAAGCAACUGAAGAAGGGAAGAUAUAGUUUAACUAACCAGACGCCUUUUAUUUUAAAAUAAACUUUGCUCUAUCAAAAAUUGCCAAACUCAAGCAGAUAAAAUUGAUUAAUUGAUUGAUUAGUAUACUUUUAUUUGAAUACGGUAAUUUCAUAAGUUACAAAAUUUCUUUUCGUCAAAGCCGUAUUGACAGAAGUAAAUACUACAAAUACUUUAAACAGAGACGACAAAAUCUAUAGUCAACAGUUUGCUUGCAUAUUGGCCAGUUUUCUUCCAAAAAUAGCUUUUGUUUCGGAUGCCUUUAUUUCGCUUGGUAACAAAUUCCACAGAAUUCCUCCUCCAAUCUCUAACCAUAGGCGGCGGUGCAGGAGAGGGGUCAGGGGUCCGUAGCCCCCAAAUAUAAAUUUUUUUAGGGGGUGGGGGGAACAUUGUUAGGAGAGGUCCACAAAAUCUUACGAAUAUAUUUGACAUCAUACCCGACUUCGAAGGCUUCAGAGUGCACAUUUUCUGCCCUCAAAUGACUCAAGGACCGUACCUAAGAAGCACCAUGAAGCAGGACCGUCAGAACAACUGCCUACUGAUGCAUUUUCACAAAUUGAUUAUGGACACACUAGACUCUGUCAGUGUGGAGAUUGCAAAAAGGGUUCCUUCUGCGAGAGAAAAGCACGCAAAGUGUAUUUUGGAAAAUGUGAGUAAGGGUAUGCCAUGGCUGAGUGAAAGAUGAUCCCUCCUCGCUUCAAAACGCUCCACUGCCUUUGCUAGCGUGUAAGGUCACUGUUUACCUUAGCAAAUGCAUAGUUCAGCAGUUGACCUAUUCAGCUAACUCAAUGUUGUACCCAAUUCAAAUCUCCUGGGGUUAAGAUUCUUUGUGUAUUGUAUUUGCAUUAUAAUGUGACAUUCUCAUUUAAAUGAUGGAAAUUCCUGAAACAAAACGUUUUUUUCCCAAAGGGUUUGAAUUGGGUACAACAUUGAGUUAGCCGAAUAGGUCUGUUGAUAGGGAGGAUGCAUAUAUUGUGGUGUCAUCAGCAUACAUAUGUGCGCAUGCCUUGGUAUGCUGAAGACAACCAGGGAGAUCAUUGGGUCGAUGAGUUAGCAUUUUAUAUAAAAAUGCACUGGUUCGGACAGAACCACGCCAUACGUUGAUCUUAAUUUCAUUCUUUUCUUUUGUAGGGGAUGUCCAGAAAAGCCCUGAUCUGAAUAUACAAGUCAUGUGAUUCGAAAAGGGAGUUGAGUCCGCUACUGAAAUGCAAACUAUGUUCUCUUCCAUGUUCUUUGAAUAUACAGUAUAGUGAUGUAUUUAUUUAACUUUUUAAAGCACAGAGGCACGUUAAUGAGAUUCGUUUUGUACGUAGAAAACAUAAGGAAGAGUUUUAAAUCUAAAAUUGAAAAAUGAUAAACUUUUCUUUUUUAGUUGUUAGAGGUGUAACAUCUCUAUUGCAAUCGUAUUAAUGUGUACAUUGUAAUUUUUAGCACCUGGUACUUUUUUACUUGAUGAAGUUUGUAUUCAAAAACGUUUUCCUCAAAUUUGAUUCGUGGAGUAGUUAACGCAGUUUCAAUUAUUGGCAGAAAAGGAAAAAUAUAGAUGUUGAC